CUCAGCCUCUCCAAACCCUGCUGCAGGAGCCUUCUCUGGUCCUACUUGAAGACACGGGGCAGAAUUUGGAUAAAGGACCCAGUCGAACCACACCAGACUUCACACAGUGGCUCCAGACUUCGCAUACCUUUACUUGUCUGUUGCCGUAGAGACGUCUAAGGGCAAAUGAGAACAUGCUGUGGAUCCUGGUGUUGGUGAUUUCUCUCAGUGUGAGCAGUGACCUAGUAGUUGGUCAGAGAGGUAUGUCUAUCAUCACUUUAGUAUCUGUAGUGAGAAUAACUUUUACCAAAUAGGGCUAUCUUCUGUAUACCCGCCAUACCUUGUCACAACACAACUGAUUGGCUGAAACGCAUUAAGAAGGAAAUAAAUUCCACAAAUUAACUUUUAAGAAGGCACACCUGUUAAUUAAAAUGUGUUCAUGGUGACUACCUCAUGAAGCUGGUUGAGAGAAUGCCAAGAUUGUGCAAAGCUGUCAUCAAGGCAAAGGGUGGCUAUUUGAAGAAUCUCAAAUAUAAAAUAUAUUUUGAUUUGUUUACCACUUUUUUGGUUACUACAUGAUUCCAUAUGUGUUAUUUCAUAGUUUUGAUGUCUUCACUAUUAUUCUACAAUGUAGAAAAUAGUAAAAAUAAAGAAAAACCCUUGAAUGAGUAGGUGUUCUAAAACUUCUGACCGGUACUGUACUUGUAGGUUUAUAAUAACUGUGUCAUGAAUAAGGCAUUUAUAAAUGCUUCAUUAAUUAUUAUAAAUGUUAUGAAUGCUUAUGAAUUGUUAUGCUUAUAAAUGUUUCUAAAUGUUAGUUAUUAUUUAUAGUAUAUAAAUUGUUGAUUAAUGCUUAUUCUUGGAAGUUAUUAUAAAGUGUUACCAACUUCAGAGAUAAAAUCGUUUUGGGAGCCUAUGAUAAAUGUAAAAUUAAUGAAUUGUCAAUGGCACGUAAAAUCAUAUUAGUCUAAAAUGCUAAGUUUAUUUGAUAAUCAUCCCAAUUGAAUGUAACUGUUUUCAUUAAGCAUAUUCCUGAAAUAGAAUACAAUUAAUUAAUUCAGCAUUAAUUUACUAAACUGAAUUCGUAAGUCCUAUCAUCUUCAUGGCCAAUGGGCUGAUUCAUUCAGCAGCUUAUGCUGUUGAGAAACUUGUCAGUCUGGCAAUGUGACUAAAUCACACUGGUAGUGUCAUUGGUAGUGUUCACACCAUUAUUUCUGGAGCCUGUUUGCUUGGAAUUCAUUCAGAAAACAUUUCAGAUCCUAAUGUGAAGACCACACUUCCUCUCCUCCAUGCUCAAGAGACGUUGACACAAUACAGAUCCCUGAGGAGUUGGCCCAGGUCAAUUGAUAUAUCUAGUAGGUUUCUGUUGGAGCAGCACAACAGGCCCCACACACCAGGUUAUCCCAGCAUCCUAUUCAUCUGGGACACCUCUUCCUGGAUGAGGCCCAGACCUCAGGGCCUGUAAAUCUAACUUCCACAGGAGUCCAUAAUUAAGCCUUAAAGUGAGUGACCUUGCCAUGAUUCUUGCCAACAACUGUGAAACCAAACCACAGACUCCAGUAUAGUAUCUGCUCUGUUCUUUCCAAGCUCCUGUUCGAUAUCUUUCACAUUGAAAUGAGUGUGAAAUUUUUUAUAAAUUCCUUAUCGACCCAUAUUUGAGAAAAAUUGGUUUUGCAGCGGUAUGAAAAAGCAUUUUGGCACAAACCCCAUGACAUGUAAGUCUCUGUGUUUGAGUAUGCAUGUGAUUCAGGCCAAUGGAUAGUCUUGGAAUGCCAGCUCUUGUGGCAGGGGGAUAGUAGUGCAGAGGCAGAGAGCCCACUCAGGUAGUAAAGAUGAUGAAUGGGGAGUGGACUAUGUUGUUUUAUAGAGGGACAUCUGCAUAGUGCAUCCCCAACUCAUUGCUCACUGACGACUUGAGUCCAACACAGAUGUGCAUCCAAAACAAUGUCACAAGAAGAGGAAUGAGGUACACUCUUAGAAAAAAAAGGGUUCUAAAUUGUUUCUUCAGCUGUCCCCAUAGGAUAACCCUUUUUGGUUCUAGGCAGAACGGUUCUACCUAGAACCAAAAAAUAAUUAUUCAAAGGGUUCUGCUAUGUGAACAGCCGAAGAACCCUAAUUAGGUUCUAAAUAGCACUUUUUUUUCUAAGAGUGUAUGAGCAGGAGCUUUGUGACGUGCCUAACAUUCAGUUGCAACAUGAGGAGGACUUUGGUGGGGUUGACAUUAGUCUGAGCUGAUCUUGGCAUCCUAUGAUGGUAAAACCCCAUUCACCUAAAAUGUAUAUUCUUAGUGCCAACUGACUAGUUCUUUGACUUUGGUUGAAACUUAGUAUACUGGAAAAGGAUGUGGGAGUAUGACUCAAAGAUGAUCUGUCCAUUGCUAAUGUGUCACUAAUACAGUAUUAUGAAAUAUUUCAUUUUCAGAUGGAGAAAUCAUCAAUCAGAUCAAGGGAACGAAUCAAGCUCUGGCUGAGAUCAAAGAACUGCUGAAGCAACAGGUAAAGCCGCUGUUUGGACAAACAGGGCAACUCUCUGUGAGGAUGUCAGGUUCAGUACAUGGUCCCAUACAGUAUAAUAAUGUGAACUAAUAGUGUCUUUGUACCUCCAUGUAGAUCCAAGAGAUUGUGUUCCUGAAGAACACAGUGAUGGAGUGUGAAGCCUGUGGUGAGUAGCCUAGGCCAGCCAGCAGAAAUAGAUAUCCCAGUUGGAUGGCAGUAAAUACUGUGGUGGAGCAAGCUAGAGCUCUUUCAGGCACAUAAUACAGUUACUGUAUUUUGAAUAAAUAAAUUGGUCAUUUAGCAGACGCUCUUAUCCAGAGCGACUUACAGGAGCAAUUAGGGUUAAGUGCCUUGCUCAAGGGCACAUCGACAGAUUUUUCACCUAGUCGGCUUAGGGAUUAGAACCAGCGACCUUUCGGUUACUGGCACAACGCUCUUAACCACUAAGCUACCUGCCGCCCUAUACAGUACAUACAUGAAUAAGUACAUAAUUAAUAUAUAACUAUGUAUACUUUCCACAUAGUACAUUACACCAAUAUAUCAACAGCAUGAUUGCGAUCUCAAUUGUAUGUAAAUAUGGUAAAUGUAUCAUACCAUUGGCUCUCAUGUACUUUUGAAUAUAUACAGUACAUACAUCAACAUAUUAAUAUUUAAUGGAAAAUGUAAACAAAUGGAAAAUGCUAUUAUUUUACCAGGUAAGUUGACUGAGAACAAAUUCUCAUUUACAGCAACGACCUGGGGAAUAGUUACAGGGGAGAGGAGGUUGGAUGAAUGAGCCAAUUUUGUUUAUAACCUCCAGUAGAUGGAGACAUUGUACAGGAGAGCGCUACAAUUCAGAACAUUCAUUCAAGUGGUCUACUCGGCUGAUGAAUUGGUGUAUCACCCUCUUCCCCUCUAGGCAUGCAAGGUCCCCCUCGCCCCUCCUGUGACCCUAACCCCUGCCACCCGGGGGUAAAGUGCAUUGAAACAGCCGGGGGCAUCAAGUGUGGCCCCUGCCCUGAGGGCAUGGUGGGCAACGGUACCCACUGCAUGGAUGUGGAUGAGGUAGGACACUUGAGCAAACCCCCCCCCCCCAAAAUGUCACCUAGUAUUCUGUAGUGGGCCUUGAUUGAAAUAUGACCACGUACUCACAGUAUGUGUUAUUUAAGCAAUAAGGCCCAAGGGGAUGUGGUAUAUGGCCAAUAUACCACGGCUAAGGGCUGUUCCUUCGCACUACGCAAUGCGGAGUGCCUGGAUAUAGCCCUUAGCCGUGGUAUAUUGGCCAUAUACCACCAACCCUCGAGGUGCCUUAUUGCUAUUAUAAACUGGUUACCAACGUAAUUAGAGCAGUAAAAAUAAAUGUUUUGUUAUACCCGUGGAAUACAGUCUGAUGUACCAUGGCUGUCAGCCAAUCAGCAUUCAGGGCUCAAACCCCCCCAGUUUAUAAUAAUAAUAAUAAUAUGCCAUUUAGCAGACGCUUUUAUCCAAAGCGACUUACAGUCAUGCGUGCAUAAUUUUUUUUGUGUAUGUUUAUAAUGUGUAUUACACAAGCUAUUGUGUAUGUUGGUUUUAAAUCAACUGUUAAAGUGUCUGAUUUCAUGAUAUCUCAAUGGCGAGUUCUAAUACCUAUUGAAGAGUCACAUUUUGAACAUGUUAAUGCCCUCUCUCCCCUCUCCUGUGUAGUGUGUGGUGAAGCCUUGCCACGUGAGUGUGCGUUGCAUAAACACGUCCCCAGGCUUCCGCUGUGGCCCCUGUCCAACUGGCUACACCGGCCCCCAGGUGCAGGGAGUAGGCCUCUCCUACACCACUAAAAACAAACAGGUAGCCAUUUUGGCUCAAGCAAAAAGCUUAUGAGCUUGGCAUUGGCAACAUGUAAGGUUUUGUUUGAAGAUGGACGAUAUAUGCAUUAGGGCUUUCUUUUUUGUAUUUUAAUUCUACCCAGGUCUGCAAGGACAUCAAUGAGUGCGAAGGACCCAAGAAUGGAGGUUGUGUGGAAAAUUCCAACUGUGUAAACACACCUGUAGGUUUCAAUUAUAACCAGUAAAUGCCACUCAAAUACUAUUUAUUAUUAGAAAAUCCAGAAGUCUUUCCUCUGAGGUCUUGAGAAACGAAGUUUAUAAUGUGUUGGUUGUGUUUGUUGUUGUCAGGGCUCGUUUAGGUGUGGCCCCUGUAAGGCAGGCUAUGUUGGGGAUCAGCGCAAGGGCUGUAAGCCUGAGAGAGCGUGUGGUAAUGGCCAGCCCAACCCCUGCCAUGCCAGCGGAGAGUGCAUUGUCCAACGAGAUGGGAAAAUAGAGUGUCAGGUAAUGGGAUACAAUUAUGUUGCAAUGGAUCAAUGUCAAUAUGAAUACAGUCAAAAUGUAUACUGCUCCUUUAAUACAUGUUGUCUAUAGCUCUCUAUUGAUUCAGCUGAUAUGGAAUUGAAUGUUAAUUCACAUUCCAUAUACAGUACAGUCCAUAACUCUGGCUUUAUCCUGAUUCACAGUGUGGGGUGGGAUGGGCUGGCAAUGGCUACUUCUGCGGCUCUGAUAUUGACAUUGAUGGCUUCCCUGAUGAGAAACUGGAAUGCACCGAGAGGAACUGUGCCAAGGUAAUACACUUUUGUCUCCUUGAAAAGACUAUGGAAAUCCAUGACUAUACUAUUUGGAACAGAAAGGAAAAUAAAAAGUAUAAAAACGAAGUCACUGUCAUGUGCUUUAUAUAGGAUAACUGUCUAACAGUACCCAACUCUGGCCAAGAGGACGCAGACAAGGAUGGUAUAGGAGACGCCUGCGAUGAGGAUGCAGAUGGGGAUGGAAUCUUAAAUACACAGGUUACUGGUCUCUCUCUCUUUCUCUCUCUCUCACACACACACACACACUGGCUGUUUUGCUGUGUCAUGCUUACAAGCCUUUACACCCUAUUUUGUAUCUUAGUGUAAAGACAGGCUCUGAUAAGACUCUGAUGCCUCUUUGGUAGGACAACUGUGUGCUGGUACCAAAUGUCAACCAAAGAAAUGUGGACGAAGACGACUUUGGAGACGCCUGUGACAACUGCCGUAUGAUCAAAAACAACGACCAGAAAGACACUGAUGUUGAUAGACUGGGUGACGAAUGUGACGAAGACAUUGAUGGCGACGGUAAGUAUGCAUGGACAGUAUUUGACCGUGACAAGACGGAUUCUGCCAUUGCUGUAAUACAUGUCAGUUGACAUAUGACAAAGAUAAUCUUCCCUACUACAGGAAUCCCCAAUAACCUGGACAACUGCAAAAGGGUUCCCAAUGCUGACCAGAAGGAUCGAGAUAGGGACAAAGUCGGAGAUGCCUGUGACAGUUGCCCCUACGUUCGCAACCCUGACCAGGUCUGGUUUCUGAUUUCCAUGUUUGGCUGUACUUUUACACAUUCUAGUCAUUAUAGUAUGUUGUACAUAACAGCGUAACAAACUUUUGUUUGUUUGAGUGAUAUUUAUGUUUCCACAGUUGGAUAUGGACAACGACUUGAUUGGAGACCCUUGUGACACCAAUAAGGACAGGUAUAGUAGUGUUACUAGCUUUCUUGCCACCUCCCUGCCUUUAACCAUUCUAGACCUGUCCGUGUCGUUCCAAUCUAUUGGUACUCCAUUACUAAAAACCUUCCAAUUCUUAUUUUAUAUGUUAUGUAAUGACUUUGGUUCAACACUUAAACUUUCAGAAACCCACAACAGUGAGAACAACAGUAAAAUAGUAUCCAAUGCUGAAUCCUACCCCAACUAUCUUUCUACCAUUCUCAGUGAUGGUGACGGUCACCAGGACUCUCAGGACAACUGCCCUGCGGUCAUCAACAGCGCCCAGCUGGACACGGACAAGGAUGGCCUGGGGGACGAGUGUGACGAUGACGAUGACAAUGAUGGUAUUCCUGACCUUCUUCCCCCGGGACCAGACAACUGUCGCCUCAUCCCCAACCCCCUACAGGAGGACUCUGACGGUGAGUCUAGCACCUGUUUCAAAACAGUUCUCCAAUAUAUCCGUGUCAUGUUGACAGUAAUGUUAUCCUGUGUCUUCAAAGUCACAUAUUGCGUCGAUCUCCUUGUUACAGGUGAUGGAGUUGGGAAUGUGUGUGAGAACGACUUUGACAAUGACACCAUCAUUGACAGCAUCGAUGUGUGCCCAGAGAACGCUGAGGUCACUCUCACAGACUUCAGGGCCUACCAGACAGUGGUGCUGGACCCGGAGGGAGACGCACAGAUAGACCCUAAUUGGGUGGUGCUCGAUCAGGUAUUGAUGCAUGCAUUACAUCUCAUCUAAAUCAAAGGAUGUAACAGUAUAUACAAAUCAGUGCCAGGAGACAUGUCAACUGCUUAAGUUCCAUCAUUUUCUCUGUUUCUCUUUCCACAGGGAAGAGAGAUCGUCCAAACUAUGAACAGUGACCCUGGACUGGCUGUUGGUAGGAGCAACAAUCACGCCGUCUCACGUUGGAUUCAUUCAAUAAACCGAGUUAGGUAUGACCUUCUGAAACAUACCCUGACCCAAACUCACGCCAUUCCCUCAAGGUUACACGGCUUUCAACGGCGUUGACUUCGAAGGGACGUUCCAUGUGAAUACGGUAACGGACGACGACUAUGCAGGCUUCAUCUUUGGCUACCAGGACUCUUCCUCCUUCUAUGUAGUGAUGUGGAAACAGGUUGAGCAGAUCUAUUGGCAGGCCAAUCCGUUCCGAGCUGUGGCAGAACCAGGGAUCCAACUGAAGGUACAACAAAAUCCUAUAUGCACAUCCUAUAUAUGACUAAUCUAGUCAUGUAGUAAAAGUCACAUUCAUAUACAAAUUCAUGCAAACAUACCACAACUCGGUCAAUAGUCUGACCUACACAUGACUCACCCUUUGUAGGUAAUACUCAUAGGGCCAGUUUCUUAGACCAAGAUUAACUCUACUCCAGGACUAAAUACCAGCUCAACAUAGAAUAGAUACAUUUUCCAGUUUCUCCCCCCUUGAGCUUAAGUAUUAAAACACCUGCCCAGAUCGAUACAUUGGAAGAGAUCCACAGUUAUGUAACAUUGGUGCCUAUGCAAUUGUGUUGACGACUAGGCUGUGAAGUCCAACACGGGACCAGGGGAGAAUCUACGUAACUCCCUGUGGCACACCGGAGACACCAGUGACCAGGUGAAGCUGCUGUGGAAAGACGCCCGCAACGUGGGUUGGAAGGACAAGACCUCCUACCGCUGGUUCUUGCAACACAGGCCCCAAGAUGGCUACAUCAGGUAGUAGGCUGCUAUCAGACACAAGUCAUAGGCGUUUGAUGGCUUUUGGCGCAGUUUGCCAUUUAUGACAUGACAUUGUCCUUUGAUAAUAUAUUCAAUUAUAAUUUGUGGCAUUACUUGUAUAACUGAUUGAACUGACAACAUUUUAUAAGACCACAUACUGAUGAACUUGAACAUGAAAUUAUUAUCAUGCAUGUUUUCUCUUAUCAUAUUAUCCAUAUGGUAUUCUUUACCACAAUAGGUAAAGUUCUAACAUAACUAUUCUGGUUUGAGAUGGUCUUACUUUGGCUGCAUUUACACAGGCAGCCCAACUCUGAUCUUUGCACAAUUAUUGGCAAAAGAUCUGAUCUGAUUGGUCAAAAGACCAAUCAUUGGGCAAAAGAUCAGAAUUGGGCUGCCUGUGUAAACGCAGCCUUUGUCAUAUUUUGGUGUUCUUUACUGGUCUCCCUCUCUGCGUUUGUGUGUGUCAUGUUCAGGGUGCGUUUCUAUGAGGGUCCUCAGCUAGUGGCAGACACAGACAUCAUCAUAGACACCACCAUGAGAGGAGGCAGACUGGGUGUCUUUUGCUUCUCCCAGGAGAACAUCAUCUGGGCUAACCUACGCUACCGCUGCAAUGGUGAGCAGCACACUAAUGCCGACCCCCCCAACCCCCUU